AUGUCGUUGCGUCCUCUUGGAUAUCAAUGCAACCUAUCCUAUGCGCAAUUCUUCCGCAAUAAACCGCAAAUAAGACAUACCAUAACACAACACCUGAGGUCCUUUUCUCGGUCACGCGACACCCAUUACACACAUCGCUGGUCUGCGGCAAGUCUACACUAUGCCAACAAAGCUUCGUUUUCGCUACGGGGGUUACUCGGUGAUCUUUUGAGACCUGCACGCACUCUCCAUGACCAUGGCAAGGGUCUAUGGACUCAACAAUGCCGUCAUGAGACUUCUGCUGUUAAAGAACCAGAGCUCUGCGAGCACUGCGGUGCAAAAACCGUCCCCAAGGCUAGAAGACACGUCGAACCUGGCAACCAUUCCAGCGGCUGGCACUGCAAAGCGUGUAUUCGGAACAUCCGUGCACAUGGUCAUCUGCCAAACGUGGAGCAGCUUAAAGCGAUUAAUCGGCGAAAACUGGUCAGGGCAAGCGGCGAGGCAAGCAAGACAAGUCCAUGCAGGCACUGCGGCGUGAUUACUGCUCCGAGAAGUAGCCGAAAAUUCAUUGACGCGAAUAACCCUUCGGCUGGGUUUCACUGCCGGACAUGCGUUCGGCAUUUCAAUCAUCACGGCAGGCUCCCAACCGAGCUAGAUCUCGCAGCGUUCCAGUACCGCAAAAACAUACGGAGUAGGGGUUCUAAUACUGCCUCGAAAAGCAAUGUAUCGCACGUUCGAAAGGAACAACCCACGCCUCAUCACCCUUCCAGUUCCCCCAGUGAUCCCAAGUCUCCCAAGCAGAUGAAACAGAGCCGCGAUGAAUACCCCUGCAUGCACUGCGGCGACAAAACCAUAUCCAGCAGCAAACGCAGGCUCGUUGAGCCCCAGAAUCCUGCGGCAGGUUACUACUGCCAGCCAUGCACGCGGUCCCUACUUGAAACAGACUCAUUGCCAAGCGCCGUCAAAAUUGCAGCGCUCAAAAAGCUCAGAGCGACCCGCAUGCAAAGCAAUCCCCGGGUCUUGAAAAGCCCAUGUGUCCACUGUGGUGAGAUCACCGCCCCCAGCAGUAAGCGCCGACUCGUUGAGUCGAAGGACCCCCAAUCUGGGUACUACUGCCGCGCCUGUGCGGAUUGUUUAAAGCAAACUGAUUCCUUACCCAGCGAUAUUCGCCUUGCGGUUCGCAGAUCGCGAGAGCAGGUCCGGCUGAAAAACCUUCAGGCCAGUCAGUUUAAAGAGUCGCAGUCCCCGGUCUCUCUGCAGGACGGAGAAGCUACACUAACAGAUACGCCUACGCACAAUACUGCAAAUACUUGCACGCACUGCAAAACCGAAGAACACAUUUCGGGCCCCUGA